UAGCUCAGAAGCCGCGGUCUAUAUCAGCCUCAUCUUACAGCACCGCGACGCGAUCACACCUUCCCGAUACACGCCUCUGAAGGGCAUAAUACCACGACCAUGGAUUUCAACUCGCUGAAAGAUCAGGUCAGCAACCUCACACUCUACGACCUCAAGGCCGGAGUGCGCAAGGUUCAAAAUGCUGUCAUGAACUACACGGAAAUGGAGUCCAAGGUCCGAGAGGCCACGAAUAAUGAACCAUGGGGUGCCUCCUCCUCAAUGAUGCAGGAAAUCGCGAAUGGCACUUUCAACUACCAACUCCUCAACGAAAUCAUGCCCAUGAUCUACAAGCGCUUCACCGAAAAGUCCGCCGAAGAAUGGCGACAAAUCUACAAAGCCCUUCAACUCCUCGAAUUCCUCAUAAAGCAUGGCUCCGAGCGAGUCAUCGACGACGCGCGAUCUCACCUCUCCCUCCUCAAGAUGCUCAAGCAAUUCCACUACAUCGACCAGAAUGGGAAAGAUCAGGGAAUCAACGUCCGCAACAGGAGUAAGGAAUUGACAGAAUUGCUGGGUGAUGUGGAGCGUAUCCGCACGGAGAGGAAGAAGGCAAGGGCGACGAAGAGCAAAUAUACUGGUGUCGAGGGAGGAGCAGGCUUCUCAUCUUCAGGAGGCAGCUCAAGCCGAUAUGGAGGCUUUGGAAGUGAGACUGGCGGAUAUGGAGGCACAUAUGGCGGAAGCUCACGGCCUGUAUACGGAGAUGGCGGUGGGUUCGGCGGAGAGGAAAGUCACGACCAAUACGACGAGGGUGGGCGAUCAACCGGCGCGGACCGAUUCGACGAGUAUGACGAAGCCGACGAUGCACCUGCUCCAGCCCGACGAAGAGCAGACGCACCCUCAUCCGCACGAAAGACAGCAGCAAAGAAGCCUGAAGCACCCAAGCCGAAACCCAAAGAACCAGAAGUCGACCUCUUCGACUUUGGUGACGACGAACCCGCCUCUUUGCCACCGCCUUCCAACGGCACCACCCUCUCCCAACCCCUCACCGCGAACAACAACGACGACGACGACGACUUUGACGACUUCCAAUCCGCCACGCCCGCGCCAGCCGCCGCAACCCUCCCCACGAUCCCCAAACCAAACUACACCU